GUUCGUCAGUUAGGCGAACACCGUAAAUAAUAAUGAAGCUCGCAGUUCAGCCUUCAACAUUUGCUGCUUUUUCUAAGAUUGAUAAGAAGUCACAAGAGCAAGGAAAGAGAGUAUCAUCCAUCAUAACUCCUGCUCUCCCCGAAACAGCGGCUUCUAUCGCAAUUGCUGCCACUGUUGUGGGUGCAGCAGCUACUCUUCUUGUGCAGAGGAACAAAGCUUCCAAGACAACUGAGGUGCCUAUGAAAACAUGUGAAGACUGUGGCGGUUCUGGCAUUUGUUCCGAAUGCAAAGGCGAAGGAUUUGUGCUUAAGAAACUCUCAGAUGAAAGUGCUGAGAGGGCAAGAAUUACAGCCAAAAAUAUGGCAACUCGAUAUACGGCGGCGCUUCCAAAGAAAUGGAGCUACUGUACAAAAUGCUCUUCUGCUCGAUCUUGCAGUACUUGCGGUGGUAUUGGAAAGAUAUGCUUCUAGUUUUACCAUAACCAUCUCCAUGGUUCUAAUGGAGUGGCCAAAUCUUUCAUGCACUUCAAUUCCUGACCGUUUCGAUAUAUGUCAAAUAAUGCAGAAUGUACAUAAUUCUUUGUUCUUGUAGUAGUAAUUUCUCUUCGGCAGUAUCACAGAAACAACUUUAAAUCCCUUCUGUUAAUUAUCAAAAAAAAAAAAAAAACCUUUA